AUUAAUCUCUCUGCUUCUCUCAUCUGGGAAAUUUUUCUCUCCACUGUCAGGACUGCUGCCCAGAUCUCUGGGACUUGCAUUCUACUUUUUUUGAGCCCUGCUGUGUGCUUACCCCUGUACUUGGGGUGGGAUGGAGGGGUGGGACACAGAUCUGUCCUCAGGAACUCUGUGGUCAGUCUAGAAGAUGCUUUACCCACAGGAGUGAGCAGAACUGUUAGUGAGCUUACAGGAAGUAGUAACACUGCCAUUGGUGAGGUCUCAGAGAAGGGAGAGAUGCUUAUGGUCUGGGGUGGACAGAGCAGACUUUCUGGAGGAGAUGGCAUUUGACCUAUCCAAGGAGGAAGAGUCUUGGGGUCCUGCUGAGCUCAGGAGCUGCACGGAAUGGUGGCAGUCACCUUGCCAGUGCAGCAGGCAUGGAUCAGACUGCAAGCUAGGGACACAAGGCAUCAGUUGGGAAGAGGGGACGCACAGCUAGGCUUGAGGCCUCUUCAUCGGGAUGUCCCCAGGCCCCCCAGCCCAGGCCCAGCAUAAAGGCCGUGUUGGGGGGCCCCCCUGACCCAAGGGGGGCUUCAUGCGCCACGUGCAGGCGGAGCCGUCUCCAUCCUCAGAGCCGGAGGCUGGCCCUUCACAGCCUCCAGUCAGGCAGGGGGCCCUCCAGGGUGGCCUGCUCAUGGGCUACAGCCCAGCAGGGGGGGCGACAUCCCCCGGGGUCUACCAGGUAUCCAUCUUUUCCCCUCCGGCUGGUACCUCUGAGCCUCAUAGGGCCCUGAAACGACAAGCCCCACCCACUGAGGGUCCCCGGGAGCUGAAGAGAGGCCCUGGGCUGGGGGCCAGAGAGGGACUACCCCCUGAAGAACCAUCUACUGUGGGGCUCUUGGGCCCAGAGGGACUGGGGCUGGGACUAGGUGUGGCCAGCCAGCAUUUCUCCCACCAUGGCCUCUGUGUUGUGGAACAGAGAAGUAGUGUCACCUCAUCUUGGACUUCAGGGGCCUGGAGUCCCCCCUGCCCCCCAUCAAAUGCUUCCUGCAAUACUUUGCACACCAGAGACUGGGCCUCCCCAGGUCCAGGGGGACAGGGGUCCCUGGGGGAGUCCCCAGGGCCAGCCCCUCCAGGCCAGCUGCACACACUUGACACUGAUUUGCACAGUCUUGCACAAAUAGGGGGUAAGAGCCCAGUGGCUGGGGUGGGCAAUGGGGGUAGCCUCUGGCCUAGGGAGUCCCCUGGCACUGCCAAUGGGCACAGUCCCGAGCACACACCCCCUGGCCCUGGACCUCCAGGCCCCUGCCCCACCAAGCGAAGGCUGCUUCCUGCUGGAGAAGCCCCAGAUGUCAGCUCUGAGGAAGAGGGGCCAGCCCCUCGGAGGCGCCGGGGAUCCCUGGGCCACUCUACUGCUGCCAACAGUUCUGAUGCCAAAGCCACACCCUUCUGGAGCCACCUGCUGCCUGGGCCCAAAGAGCCUGUUUUGGACACAACAGACUGCGGUCCCAUGGGGCGGAGGCUGAAAGGAGCCCGUCGCCUGAAGCUGAGCCCCCUUCGAAGCCUCCGGAAGGGGCCAGGCCUGCUGAGCCCCCCCAGUGCCUCCCCUGUUCCUACCCCUGCUGUCAGCCGUACCCUGCUGGGCAACUUUGAGGAAUCAUUGCUGCGAGGACGUUUUGCACCAUCUGGCCACAUUGAGGGCUUCACAGCAGAAAUUGGAGCUAGUGGGUCAUACUGCCCCCAGCAUGUCACGCUGCCUGUCACUGUCACAUUCUUUGAUGUUUCUGAGCAAAAUGCCCCGGCUCCCUUCCUGGGCAUCGUGGAUCUGAACCCCUUGGGGAGGAAGGGUUACAGCGUGCCCAAGGUGGGCACCGUCCAAGUGACCUUAUUUAACCCCAACCAGACUGUGGUAAAGAUGUUCCUCGUGACCUUUGACUUCUCGGACAUGCCUGCUGCCCACAUGACCUUCCUGCGCCAUCGCCUCUUUUUGGUGCCUGUGGGUGAGGAGGGAAAUGCUAACCCCACCCACCGCCUCCUCUGCUACUUGCUGCACCUCAGGUUCCGGAGCUCCCGCUCAGGCCGCUUAAGCCUGCAUGGAGAUAUCCGCCUGCUUUUUUCCCGCCGGAGCCUGGAGCUGGACACAGGGCUCCCCUACGAACUGCAGGCUGUGACCGAGGCCCCUCAUAAUCCACGUUAUUCACCUUUGCCCUGAUUGCCAGCACUCUGAACCCAUGCAGGCUAACGACCUGCCCAUCCUGCUCCAUCUUAGAGAACAUAUAUGGAGAGACAGCAAGAGACCCUUCAGGCUUGAAUUAAAGCCCUCACCAUGCUCACGCCCAAAUGGAUUAUUUGGGUGUUUAAAGCUUCUGAUCCUUACUACACCCUGCCCUACUUCGGGUACUCCAUGUGCCUGUCCCCUCCCUUGGGUUUCCUAGGCCAGCUUAGGUAGUAGGGAGGAACCGGAGCUACCCUGAGAUUGUCUCAAGUUCCCAGGCAAGUUAUGCCAGCGUUGCCUCCCUGUCCUGGGCAGGGGCCACUUAUUAUUUUAUUUAUUUUUAAUUUAUAAUUUAUUCAAAUUGGAUUGCCUUGGUAACCUCCCACACCUGAUAAUUGGCAUCACUCCUCCCUGCUUCCCACUCUCAGAUAGUGCUCCAACCUCAGGAGUUGAAGAGGCUUAUGCGGGGGGCAGGAGGAGAACUGCUCUCCCUCAGCUGAGGGAAGAGGGGCUAUUCCAGAGGGACUGAGUCAGUAGCCAAAGACUCAGCUUCCCCUGUCCUUCCCCCAGUCCCUUCACUUCCCCUACCCUCUGACCUAUCUCUGAAAGCCAAGUUACUUGUAUGUGUGUGUGCACAAGCUUGUCUUUGUGUGGUAUGUGUGUGUGAGAGAGUGUGCAUGUAUGCACACACACAGGGGUUAACCACCCCUCACCUAGGGCUCCAGACUCCAGUUGUCCCUCUCCUCCUACCUGUGUCUCCUUGCUUUGGGGUCCUGACUGAAGAAGGUGUCCAGGGGGCAGAGUCAGGGCCAAGCACUGGGGUGCCUCCUCUCACCUGGCCAGACUCUGACCCACCUACCUCAGCUGGGGUGAGGGGCACCCCUCAAACUCAGUCAUGUGGUUCCAAACUACCCCAUUCCCCACUCCAGACUCUGACCCAGCCUCAGUCCUGACUCCUGGGGCUGGGCUGAGGGGAACAAGCAUUUGCUGAAACUUGAAAACACAAAGCAAAUCAAAAACAGGAAAAAAUUGUACCUGGUACUUUUUUUUAGAAAAAAAAGAUUAAAAAAGAAAGAAUAAAUUCUUGUUUGGAAACUUGAA